GAUUACCCACCCAUUAAGGGAUGGUGCAUAGACAAGACAUUAUAAAUAUAUCAGCUUGAACAUUAUUGGGGACUCUGCAGAACAAAGACUCUCUCAGGUGGAUCAAUUGACAAGUUUCCAUGGGUGAACAAGUUCAGGAGACUCAGCUCAGCGUCAGGGAUGAAGAAUCCAGAGAAACAAAAUCACCUGCCCACAUGAGCAACGCCGGCGAACCCGAGGCCGCCCCGUCUCCGGCAAGAAACUACAAGUGCUGGCUGAAAAUCGCGGUAUUUUCGCUGUUUGUCCUCUCAGGUCAAUCAAUAGCCACAAUCUUGGGGAGACUCUACUAUGAGAAAGGAGGGAAGAGCAAAUGGAUGGAAACACUUGUUCAAAUUGCAGGAUUCCCAAUCCUCAUUCCUUACUUAUUCUUCUCACCAAACAAGCCCUCUUCCACCACAAAAACCGCUCUUGACUCGAGAUUGCUUGCGCUUGUUUACGUUGUUUUCGGCAUAAUCUUCGCGGCGAGCACUAUGAUGUUCUCGGUCGGACUUCAAUACCUCCCUGUGUCGACUUUCUCUCUAAUCACCGCGUCGCAACUGGGCUUCAAUGCCCUACUCGCCUUCUUCAUCAACUCGCAGAAGUUCACUCCCUUGACAAUCAAUUCUAUAGUGCUCUUGACUGUCUCAUCUACCCUCUUAGUGUUCCAAACCGAUUCAAAUAGUACUACUACGGUGUCCACCGGAAAGUAUGUGGUCGGGUUUAUAUGCACAUUAAUCGCGUCAGCUGGAUGCGCAUUAAUACUAAAUCUCACGCAGCUUUACUUCCGGAAGGUCCAGAGGAAGGACCCGAUUUACAUGAUCUUCGAGCUGCUGACAUACGAGUCCAUGGUCGCGACAUUCAUCGUCUUGGUGGGGCUAUUUGCUAGCGGGGAGUGGAAGGGACUAAGGGAGGAAAUGGAGGAGUUUUCGCUAGGGAAGGUUUCUUAUGUCAUGACCUUAGUUUGGACGGCGAUAACUUGGCAGGUGUUUGCGAUCGGGAUGGGAGGACUGAUCUUCCAGGUGUCGUCGGUGUUUUCGAACGUGAUCGCGGUCGUGGGUUUGCCGAUCGUCCCGGUGUUGGCUGUAGUGUUUUUGGAUGACAAGAUGGAUGGAGUGAAGGGGAUUGCCAUGGCGUUGGCAAUAUGGGGGUUUCUCUCUUAUGUGUACCAGCAACAUCUUGAUGAUGUUGCUUCCAAGGCUCAAGAUAAAAGUGACAAGCAGUCCGGCCAAAUUCAGAAUGGGAGAUGUUAAUGCUCUAAUUUGAGGUGGCGCUAGGGUUUUGAGAUUUCUUUCUCUCUCUUUAAUUAUGCUCAGUGAAGUUCUCGGUUUUGUUUUUCGUUUUAGUCGUUGCUUUCGAUUUUGCUUAAACUUUAUUCAUCUUGUCCCUACUGUAUCGGUUGAUUAGACUACUGAUGUCUUCA